UCUAUCCCCCGCACACACGACGGAAACCGAUUUUCAUUCUCAGUCGGUGAUAAUACCGCGGGACGCCCUGAGCUCCCCACGAAUCGCGAUUUCUUAUACCCUAGCUGCGGAGAGACACGGAUACCGGACCAUUCGCUCAUAACUACAUCCUAUAGUUUUAUAUGUAUGUUAUGAUACACGUAUUAUAUACAAAUUGUAAAGCUCCGUAUCUCCUGUGACGACGACCUUCUCCGCGACCCCGAGACUCUCUUUCCACCGGCUAUCUCGUAUCCAUGUCCGGACCCGAUGGCGAAAAUUGCAUGUUAAUCACUAUUACUGUGUUGCUGAUUAUUCGAUAAAUUGCGGUGUGCGUGACGCUAUACACAGGAGGGAAAAUAAUUAAUACAAUACAAUUAUAUACAUAUAAUACCGCAUAUAUAUAUACAUUGUGCGAUUUCAAAGUCUGGUGCAAAUCAUCGAAGUGCAAAAAAUAUUGUGUGAGUUGGUUUUUUUUCGUUUUAUGUUUUAUUCUUUUUUUUUGGUUCCCUAUUACUUUUACCUGGAUCUAGUGGUUUUUCUCUUUUUCUUUUCGUUUGAAUAUAAUAUCACGUGCAAAAAUAAUUGUGUAAAUAAUAUUCAAGUAUUUCAUAUAUAUGUAUAAUAUAAUACAUAUGGUUCACGAAUAUAAUAUUAAAAAAUAUUAUUUGUGCAGUGAUUACUCGUAAAAGUUUUCAUAGAUACCAGGUAAAUUGAAAAAACAAUUUUUCGUUCCACUUAUUGACAGAAUUUUUUUCUUAUUUCAUACAUUCAAAAGUGUGCAAUAAACAUAUAUAUAUAUAUAUAUAGCUGUGCAGGGUGUAAAAUUAUAAAAUUACACUUUAUAGACACUUUUCUACAUGAAAUUAAUAUUUAUAGACGAUCAUUUAUGACACGAUUAAAUUCAUCGGUAGUUUGAAUUAAAAGUAUCGAAUAAACCGUUGAGGAUAAGGGAGAGUAAGAUCGAAAGAUUCCGCAUGCGGCAGCGUCGCCGAUUAUACACAUGAUCGGGGGCGUCGCAGAAAUAUCCAUAUUGUAGGGAUAUAUUGCGCGCGAAAAAAAAGAACAAAAUAAAAAAAAAAACACACACACACACAAAAAUAAGAAAGGCGAACACUCACGGUGAAAUCUACGAAGGUGGAGCCGGACCAGGAGGCCCACACCCAAGCCACGGUGGAGCCGGAGGCGGACGGCGUUAAAAUGGAAGCGGAAGAUCAUCUCGCUAGGGAAUACGUUCAAGAAUUUGUUCUGGAUCACCUGGAUCCCGCCGACGUUAAACGAGAGGUCCGGUUAAGUUCACCGUCGGUUACGGUGAGCGGGAGUGUCCUGCAGCUCCAGGGUCAAGUCGGUCAGGGUAUCGCACUCGCCCCGCUCACCCCCCCAGCCCACGAACUCGAGCAGCCUCAUCCUCUUUACGGACAACCCCAUAUCCAGGUGCAGCACGGUGUCCUGGUAAAAGCACCCCCGGGAGUCGCACCCCAGUUGACAACCCUAUCCCAUCCCGGAACACCGCCGGACACACCGCCGUGCGCGUCGCCCCCUCCGAUUCAUCUUCACCGUGGAGAACGGGAUAUCCGAGAUAUUCGGGACAUACAACGUGACCCCCGCGACGCUAGAGAUUCCCGGGAUCAUAGGGAUCGCGCUUCGUCCUUAGGGAUAGGGCUCGGUCUCCACCUUCAACAAGGACCGGGGGGAGGUCCUUUAGCUCAAGAUGAUAUGCAGGUUGUCAGUGGAGGGGGGAUGGGGUGGCUUGCGCAGUCACUCAGGCAGGAACCGCUAGAUCUUAGGCCUCACUGCCCUCAGGAUCAAACUCCUGAACCACCUCCUGAUUCUUGGCCGUCUCACCACCACUUUCAGGACCUUCAACACGUCCCGAGACACGCCAGACACCCAGAAGACGAGGAGUGUGCAGAUGGUUGUCUGGUUGCAGGCGGCUACAUCGCUGUGGCAAGUCACAUCGAAUACAGUUACGGUGGUGGAGGCGGAGGAGGUCCCGGUGGCAUGGGGAUCGUGAACGGAGGUGGUGUUAUGCAAGGGAUGGACGACAGCAUGCAAGGAAUGCCGAUGCAACCCGGUCGUCCGAUGAGCGUAUGCUCCGUCAGUUCGUGCGGCGGUCCGAGUCCCCAUCGUGGUCCCGGAGGGAUCUAUUCCACUUGCGGAAGUGGAACUCCCGACGAAUUGAUGAACGACGAACUUCUGAUGUCCCUGUCCGUCCGGGAACUGAACAAGCGCCUCCACGGCUGCCCCAGGGAGGAGGUGAGUCAGGUGGUUCGAUUGAAGCAGAAGCGUAGAACGUUGAAGAAUCGCGGUUACGCACAGAACUGUCGUAGCAAGCGACUUCAACAGAGACACGAUUUGGAGACGACGAAUCGUAAUCUACAAAAUGAAAUGCAACGGUUAAAAAUUGAAUUGGCUCGCGUGCAGCAGGAGAGAGAUGUUUACAAACAUAGAUGCGAGCUGCUCAGGACCCGACCACCGCACCACCACCACCAUCAUCAUCAUCAACAACAACAACAACAGCAACAACAACAACAACAACAGCAGCAACAAACUACACAACCUCCAUCCCAACAACCACAACAACAACAACAGCAACAACAAACUACACAACAAAAUCCACAACCACAACAACCACCACCUCAUCAACCGGCACCCACGAGUCCUACGGAAGUUUAUCUGUGACAUAGACAAAGACGCGGCGGGACCUGCUGGACUUAAAAACAAAAAUAUCAUUUUAUUUUAUUUUAUUUUUUUUCUUUUGUUCAGGUAUGUUUUCUAUCCUUUUGCUAUGGUAUUUUGCUCCGCCCGAAUGGGAUUUUUUUUGUUUUUUUUUAUAUCUCAUGUCUAACCUUGUUGAGGGUAGGAAUGUGCGAUAAUUGCACUGUAUUCUAUGACACCUUAUGCACGGGGGCACAUAUAAAAUCUU